UGUUUCCGGGCCGCCAUACCAGUGUGAGACAGCACAGUGAAAGAGUUACAAGUUCCAAGAUAAGCUGUGUAGUGGUUAACCAGUUAAACGAAAUGCUGCUAAAUCCUGGCUUCCAAGAGAACAGGAGAAUAGAGAAGCUUCAUUACAGCGGGCCGUUAGAGCAGAGAUUUUCACCGUACACUUUCAAUGGAGGAACAGUUUUGGCACUUGCUGGGGAAGACUUUGCCCUUGUUGCUUCGGACACACGGCUAAGUGAAGGAUAUUCUAUUCAUAGUCGGGAUUCACCAAAAUGCUACCAGCUAACUGCAGAUACAGUGCUUGGGUGCAGUGGCUUUCAUGGAGACUGCCUCACGUUAACAAAAAUCAUUGAAGCCCGAUUAAAGAUGUACAAGCAUUCUAAUAACAAGAUCAUGACAAGUGGAGCAAUUGCAGCUAUGUUGUCUACAAUCCUAUAUUCUCGACGCUUUUUCCCGUACUAUGUGUACAAUAUUAUUGGUGGACUUGACGAAGAAGGCAGAGGUGCUGUUUAUAGCUUUGACCCUGUGGGCUCCUACCAGAGAGAUGCUUAUAAAGCUGGAGGGUCUGCAAGUGCCAUGCUGCAGCCCCUUCUUGAUAACCAAAUUGGGUUCAAGAAUAUGCAGAAUGUAGAAGUUUUGCCUUUAACUUUGGAAAAAGCCGUGCAACUUGUCAAAGAUGUCUUCAUUUCUGCUGCCGAAAGAGAUGUUUACACAGGGGAUGCACUGAAAAUCUGUAUCAUCAAAAAAGAGGGCAUCACAGAAGAAACUAUCACUUUAAGAAAAGACUAAAGUGUAUUUGUGUUUAUUGAUUGUGGAAAGUAAUUGAGUCUGCAGUCUUGAAGAUCAUUUGCAUCCUGCUUUUGAAGUAUUUUUUCUUUUUGCCAUAAUGUACAAAAAUAAAAGAAAAAAAGAAAAA